AAUCAGACCGUGGGUGUUUUAGCUGCUGACCAGCCUGUGGCCACUUGUCCUGCAGCUACCAUUUAAAGUAAUAAUACAGAUAAACGCCAAGCCAUUGUCCCUCAUAUUCCCCCACCGAGGGAACUCUCUUUGUGCUCCCAAGCGAUCCCCAUACACCCCAUCACAAACUUGGCGAGCUGCUCGCCUGCCCUGGCCUGUCUCGCUCCCCCCGACAUCCACCGUUCCCAUCUCCGCUCAGGCUCGGACACCACUGCGGACACACAGCCCCGUGGUGAGGGCGAGGAGCAGCGGUCGGGCAGCGACCCUCUUCGUGGUGGAGGACCGGAGGCCCCCGCAGGCUGGAGGGGACGGGACGGCCCUUAACCAGUAAGAAGCAACGGUGGGAUCGUGGGGGAAGCCUUGGAGAGGAUGGCGAGAGCCGGACAGAUCACACCAAAGUUAAGUGAUGGAAACAUACAUUGAAGAAAGAAAAUCACCCUUGGGUGUUUGACAUCCAUAUUUUUGUGAAAGGGUCUAGGAUGUUCCAAGAAAAUACAUCAGACAAUUGCUUAAAUAUAAGAACAACGUCUGCUGAAGAUGGUGCUCGCCAAAAAAGUGGCCAUAGUGCAAGAAUCCUUAGCCCAGAAGAGGCUGAGAAAUUGGCAAAAGAUCAGGUUUUAGUGUCCAAGUUCAAACAACUGAAACUGGAGAAAGAGGCACAGAAGAACUGGGAUUUGUUUUACAAAAGAAACAGCACCAACUUCUUCAAAGACAGACAUUGGACAACAAGAGAGUUUGAGGAGUUAAAAGCCUGUCGGGAGUUUGCAGAUCAGAAACUGACCAUUCUGGAAGCAGGCUGUGGGGUUGGGAACUGCUUAUUUCCACUCUUAGAAGAAGAUGUGAAUCUUUUUGCAUAUGCCUGUGAUUUCUCUCCUAGAGCUGUCGAGUAUGUGAAGAAAAAUGCCUUAUACAGCACUGAAAGAUGUAAAGUGUUCCAGUGUGAUCUUACCAAAGAUGAUCUUCUGGAAAACAUACCAGCAGAUUCUGUGGAUGUUGUCACACUUAUAUUUGUGCUUUCUGCCAUUCAUCCUGACAAAAUGCAUCUUGUCUUGAGGAACAUUUACAAGGUAUUAAAACCAGGCAAGUGUGUGUUGUUCAGAGACUAUGGACUAUAUGAUCAUGCAAUGCUCAGGUUUAAAUCUGGCAGCAAACUUGGAGAAAACUUUUAUGUCAGACAAGAUGGAACAAGAUCUUUUUUCUUUACUGAAGAGUUCUUGUCUGAGCUUUUCAAGGCUGAGGGAUAUGAGCAAGUGGUCAAUGAAUACGUACGACGAGAAACUGUCAAUAGGAAAGAAGACUUACGUGUUCCAAGAGUAUUUCUUCAAAGCAAAUUUCUAAAGCCUUUCAAUCAGACAAGCUCUUGCUGAUUAGCAGCAGCAUUGCUUGUUUGAAAUGGAAGCUGGCACAUAGAUUUGCCUUGUGUGUGCUCAUCUUUCUGGUAAACCAGAAAUGACUGCAUCAAAUACCUCUUAUCAGUUUACAUCAUUAGGUAUGAAAUAUGAAUGCUAUUUCUAAUUCAAAUCUAAGAUGGUUUAGUGAUGCAGGCAACAUGUUCAGUAUCUGUAUUCCUGCUUCUGAAGUAAAUCCUGUGCAGCACUGGCAGAGGAUCAGGUAGAGCACACUAAAUAUGAUUCAUUUUAAGCAGUAGUU